CCUCGGGGGUUGUCGCAGCGGGCGCCUGAACCGGGGCUCCCCCGGCGGCCUGGGGAGAGGGCACGGAUCCACCUGGAGGCCGGUGGGAGCCCGGGACAGCGGCGGGCCCGCAGGCGGAGGGGCCGGCUUCCUUUGUGUGGAGGGCGGCUGCGUGUGCGAGGAGCAGGCGUGGCCUGGCAGCGCAUUUCCGCGCCGCCUCGGUCACCGGGAACCGGCGGCGAGAGGGGCGGCUGGGGGGCUCCGCCGAGCGGCUCCGUGGCGGUGUCUGGGCAGCAUCUGCAGGCGGCUCCGCGCCGUGCCCAUGGAUUAGCCGCGGCACCCCGGAGCUCGCCGGCCGCCGCCUCGCCCUCCUCCCAACUUGGCGAAACUUGGCGAGCAGGCUGCUGCCCCGGGCGCUGUGUUAUAGAAGAUGCACUAUUACCGAUAUUCUAAUGCAGAGGUCAGCUGUUGGUACAAAUACCUGCUCUUCAGCUACAACAUUAUCUUCUGGCUAGCUGGUGUGGCGUUCCUCGCAGUUGGACUUUGGGCAUGGAGUGAAAAGGGUGUGUUGUCUGAUCUAACAAAAGUGACUGGUCUUCAUGGUCUGGACCCAGUGGUGCUUGUCUUAGUGGUGGGAAUAGUGAUGUUUACUUUGGGAUUUGCUGGUUGUGUAGGAGCACUGAGAGAAAACAUCUGCCUUCUGAAGUUUUUCUGUGGAACAAUUGUGUUUAUAUUUCUGUUGGAGCUGGCAGUAGCAGUUCUGGCUGUCUUGUUCCAGGACUGGGUGAGGGACAGAGUCAAGGAGUUCUUUGAGAAUAACAUUAAGUCCUACCGAGAUGAUAUUGACCUCCAGAACCUCAUUGAUUCGCUACAGAAGAUAAACCACUGCUGCGGUGCCCAAGGUCCAGAUGACUGGGACUUCAACAUAUACUUUAAUUGCAGCAGUGAAAGCAAAAGUCGUGAGAAGUGUGGUGUUCCAUUUUCCUGUUGUAUACCUGAUCCUGCUCAAAAAGUUGUGAAUACACAGUGUGGCUAUGAUGUCAGAAAGAAGAGCAAGAGUCAAUGGGAUGAUCAGAUUUUCAUAAAAGGCUGUAUUCUUGCUCUGGAAGCUUGGUUGCCACGAAAUAUCUACAUUGUUGCAGGAGUCUUCAUAGCUAUCUCACUGCUGCAGAUUUUUGGGAUUUUCCUAGCCAGGACGUUGAUUUCUGAUAUUGAAGCUGUAAAGGCAGGUAAUGCCUUCUGAAUACUAAAGCAAAUGUGUUGCAAAAAGUAUAUUUUACUAUUUUCAAUCAGACACCAAGGUGGAAAAAAAUGCGCAGACCGUGAAAUGCUCCUGGUAUUAAAGGCCUUAUGUGGAUCUUACCCUGCUCGUGGUUUUUGUUAGAAGCUGAUACAAAAAAAGAAUCUCCAAACACACUGGUCUACCUUUUUUUCUAAUGAGACAACUCAGUUGCACCAGAAUUGAUCUGUGGUGAGGAAAAAAGGGACUUUCCCAAGUCAUUGGCUGAACUGGUUUUAGACUCAUAGCAAGGAGAAAUGAAACUGCUGUGAACUCCUUCCAUGAAGAAUUACCGUGAAGACUUUUCUGUUUUGACUCCCAACUGUCAUCAGUCUUAAUGUUGUAAUCUCUUCCGAAGGCCUGCUGAUCUCUUUUAAGAACCUUGAAAAUGUUUUUAAUCUCUACAGUAGAUUCAUCUGGUCAGCUUGGCAAGAUACCAGCAACCAUAAUCAUCGUGGCAUUGGAAACUGAAGAAAAAGUCACUAAUCUUCUAGCUUUUUAAUUCUCGGUUGUGCAGAAAUAGGGGAUAUUUCUGUUUGACUGGGAGUGAUGCAGAUGUCUCAGGAGCAGAAACUUCUGCUCACCAUCAGAGUUUGAGUAACCCAAGCAGUUAUGAAAAAUGCAAGUGUUUUCUCAAGAGGGGCAAAAUCCAACUCUCUACAGCAUUAUAAGUUAGAAAUCUCUGCUUCAGGCAAGGGAGCGUGAAUCCCUAAUGCUGCUUCCUGUCUGAAAAAUUGUAAAUAGUCUUUAUUUAUAUAAAAAAGAAAAAAAAAACUCUUUCAAAACACCUAGCUUUUAUUGAUUAGUAAUACCUUUGAAAAGUACUGCCUGCACAGAUCUUGAAAUGCAGUCAGUAGCAAGCAUUCUGUGCUAGCUUUGGAUGUUUUUUUUACCCUUCCUGUAGUUUCUUUCACAUCUGCUCUGCUGAUUCUCCCGUCUUAAUUGCUAAAAUGAAGACUGAUGAAAAGCAUUCAAAUUCAGCAUUAAUCACUACUGAAAUCCAGUUUUUUUUUUUUUUUAGUAAGAAAAGAUGUGUUUUAGUGGAAUAUCAGUUUUUGAUUUUUUUUGUAAGUCUUCUAUAAAGCUAUGAAAUUGUCAGUCCUGUUUGUGUUCUCAUACAGGGUUAAAAUGCCAGUCACAGUAUGCUGACUGGAACCAUUUCUUCACAGUAAUUUACUGUAUCAAACUGAACUACUGCUGAAGUAAUUUUUUUUUUUUUUUUUUUUUUUUUUUUUUACUUUUACUAGAAGAAAAACGAACUCUUCUUCCUGCCCUUCCUUCCUGCGGGUCGAUCUGAAAUUCAGUAAAAAGUCCAAUUUUCUCUGAGAGUCUUUGGAUUAGGACUGCAGUGGCUGCAGAAGUAUUGCUAUGCUUGACAUAGUAUAUUUUUUAUCUGUAAAAGACAGAUGUAUGUGACUGAAAACUUGGAAGUAGUUGUAGUUGUCUGUUUUACUCCGGGCCAUGUGAAACAUGUUUUCAAGUAAACAUUGUUUACUGCUUCCAGUGACACCCGUUUUUUCAGGGAGAGCAGACUUUUUUUACAGUGCCUGAGUGUAAAUUUUUAGAGAAGUAUAUAUUUUUUUAAUGAUAUUUUACUACAUGUAGUCUGUGUGAAGGAUUUAAUACUUGUAUUUCCAAAGUACAUGGCCUUCAUGGAAAGCCAAACUUCUAAAUCUCUCUCAUGUCCUUUUUUUAUGUAUUAUGCAUGUAUUAAUGAACAUUUCACUGGCAAAAACCGAUCUACAGUAAGAAUCUUUGUGUCUGUAUCGAUUGUCCAGAUGUUCUUCUAGCUCUUAGUCUGUGAAACACUUCACAGACAGUGCUGUACUUUUCAUGUAUAUUUCAGUGCAGCUUUCAUAGUUCUUUUUCUGUCCAGUGAUUGAGACACAACAGGAAAAGGAAGCUUGUCUAACGAUGGCUGACUUCCUUAGAAGAGCAGAGAACAGUCUGCUAUUAUUCAUCUGAAAAACCUGAAAGUAAAAUCUAUAGAAGUGCACUGUGAUUUUUUUUUUUUAAUCUUUGGUCGAUAUGCAACAAGGGAAAAAUAGCAGUAGAUUGCUGAAGGGGAGAGCAAGAGACAUUUCUUCUGUAGAGCAUUGAAUCUGAUGUCUGUACUACCUGUUUGUUGAAUCCAGUCCACUAGCAGCAGACAAAAAUUUGCUGUUGUUACUGCAACUUUGCAAGCAACAAAGCAGUGUCCAGUAACCUUUGCUUUCAACUCUGGUGCUUGAAACUUUUACCACACCUCAUCAACCAGCUUACUUUGUUAUGUAUAAUAAUCUGAUAUAUGUAAAAUGGGAGAAAGAUGCAUCCUAUAUGUAACUUGCUGUUUGUGAAAUGUUCAAUUGAAACUUCCAUCUAGGCAGUACAUUUCGCUUUGCCAUUUUGGUGACACAAAGCUCCUAGUUCUGGGAAGUCAUUUCAACACUUGGUGAAAAUCAUCAUGGCUUCAAUGACAUCAGUGGAGUUGAUGCACUGAAAUUAGCUGCCACCAAGGGCCGGUGUCACUGAUCAGACUUCCCCUGUCUGCUGCUCUUGCCAAGUUGCCUGAAGACAAAUAUAUACUUGGUUUCUUUUUUGAAGUAUCGUUUGUAUGCAAAACAAAAUUUAAUUAAAGUGUUGUCUUUUCCACAGCUUGUUCUUAUCGGCCUUGGCCAUGUUAACACCAGCUUUGUAUCAAUACUCCAGUGAUCUGGAACAGAAUUCAAGAGAGCAAGUUCAACCUAUUUGAGGACAUUUACAUUCAUGAACUUAUUCCUCUUUUCACUGUGGAUAAACUUCUCUAUGUUUAUUUGGUAUCAUUUUUAAAACCCGGGGGCUCUAGGCUGGUUUACACCUAGGCACUUUGAAGCACACCCUCAAUGGUGGUACAAGUGGUAGUGUAAUUUCAGACUUGGAAUGGGAAUACUUUCUUACUGCUUUCUACUUCAAGUUAUAUUUAGCACCUUCUCUGUGGACCUGCAGUGACUUCAUGACUAAAACUUUUGCUUAUGGUUUAAACAAGUCUUGUCAGAAUAAGUAGUUGGGUGUGAGCCUGCUCUAAAGCCCUGAAGAAGCAAUUCAACAAUUUCACAAGGAGAGGUUUGAUAAAUUGAUGUUGAGAUUUCAUUGGUUGCAGUUGGAACAUCUCCACAAACACUACAAUGGAAACAAGUUUUGUAAUGAAGAUAUUAAAUACGAGAUCAGGCUUGAUUAACUGGACUGAGAAGGAAUCCUUUCAAUCAGUGUGAUCAUUUAUUUCUCAGAAAUGAGCACAAUUUAUUUCUGUGAAGCAAUGUAUUUAUUUCUCAGUAUGUUUUGACUGUGCAUAUGCUCUUUUGUUUCUGUUACAUCUGCAUUUGGACACAGCUUGCCUGUACAUGAGGAGGAGGAUGAAUAUGAGUGACCAAAGGAACUUCAGUUGCCUCCUGGAAGUCUGAAUGUUUCUUGGGGGUCUUUAGUUCUAGUGACCCUUGUACAGUGCCAUGUGGAUAGAUUUAUACCUCAAGUAAGUUGAGGUUGAUGCAACAAUUGGUUUAUAGUUAGCAUUGCCUUGUUUUUUGUCUCCCCAUUCCAUCCUUUCCUUUUCCUUCCCUUACUGCCUGUGGAUUAUCAUGCAGCUUGAAUGUUGUUUAGCCAGUGGAAGGGGAGGUUCUGGCUCUUCUGAUACAGCUUUUCUGAGUGACUUUCAGUAUAUGUUUCUUCUCAAGCCUUAUUUGAUUAAAUAAAAUGAAUGUUUUUUACUGGUGGA